AUGACGGUAAAAGUCUCGAAUGAAAAAUUCGAGGUGGAGAAAUUUGAUGGCAAAAAUAAUUUUGGAAUUUGGCAAAUCAAUGUUCGAGAUUUGCUAGUGCAACAAGAUUUACAUAAAGCUCUGAAAGGAAAGUCGAAGAAACCAGAAUCCAUCUCUAAUGAGGAUUGGGAAGAAUUACAUCUGAGGGCUAUGAGCACUAUUCGAAUGUGCUUAUCGAAUGAAGAGCUAUUUAAUAUCGUCAAUGAGGAUUCAGCAUCAAGUUUUUUGUCGAAGCUUGAGAAAUCUCAAUGUGCAUUUAGUUUUUUUGUCGGAAUUACUUAUGAUCACAAAGAUCCAUGUGUUGAUACUUUCCAAACCACUACAUUGCAUAUCCUAAAGCAUUUUGGAGUUCCUAGAGAACUGGAACUUAAAAUCAUAAGCCGUGGAUCUCCUCCUGAGGGUGGUGGUGAAGUGUGCUUAAAGGUUCCAAUAAUCCAAAAUAGUUUAUUUGCAGUUCACUUGGUUGAUGAAGGAAUGGUCAAACGCAUUAGAGGAAUAGCCUACACAACAAGGGUAUCUCCUGAGAUGGUGCACCGCAUGCGAUAUGCAGCUUGUGGAAUUUUCAAUUGGCUAUUGCCUGAUGUCAAUAUUCGUGAUGGUCAUCUUUCAGCUCAACUUUUAGGAAAAUCCCCUGGUUAUGAUAUCUUAUUAGUUGCAGAGACCACAUCUAGUUGUUUUAUUUCUGCAGAAGCCUCAACAUGUUUCUUUAGAGAUGGAGAUGCUAAGGACAUGGAAACAUCUGAUGAGAAACCUGCUCGAAUGCUUCCUAAAGAUAUUAGCAUCCGAGCCACUUCUUUGCUUCUUGAAGAAAUAAAGCAAGGUGGGGUUGUGGACUCCACACAUCUGGCUUUACUAUUCCUUUUGUGUGCUUUAUGCCCACAAGAUAUUUCAAAGGUUCGGGUGGGGAAGCUUUCGCCUUAUGCUAUACAGACGUUGAGACACAUUAGGGAUUUCCUUGGAAUGAAGUUCAACAUUAUGCUUGACCCGUCUACAAACAGUAUGGUUCUCACUUGUUUGGGAUGUGGGUUGAAGAAUCUUUUGAGGAAGAUUUCUUGAGACACUAAUGAGGCAUUUUGGGGUUCUCUUUAGGUUUAGAGGAUGGUUGUGGGAUGUUACACCCUACACUGGUUGAUC